AUGUCGUCCUCAAAUGAUGGAUCUAACUACCAAGAAAAGAAACUCAAAAAAGAUGUCAGCGCCCGAGUUCAAGUCAUCGAUACAGAAGAUGGUGAGACUUGCAGAAUCAUUGAAAUACGGGGCAAAGACGGUCUGGAGAGAAACUUUGACAUCUGGGGUGUCGUCGGAGUUGUUUACUCAUCUAUUGCUACUCCACUCACUCUGGGAACUUACCUCUCCACAGUGAUCGGUGUCGGCGGAGCUCCAUUCUUUUUCUACUCGUACUUGUUUACGGGGUUUUUCUGUUUGCUCACGGCUUACUCAAUAGCAGAGAUGGCUUCCGUUAACCCUCAUUCGUCUGCCAUGGUUUAUUGGACUCAUCUGUAUGCUCCAAAGAAUUACGCCAGAUUUCUAGCUUAUGCCAGUGGUAUUCUUUCGUGUGCUUGUUGGAUUUUUGGAGCUACUGCUACUAGUUUCUUUAUUUCUGAUCUUGUUUUGGGUGUGGCCGUUAUGCGUAAUCCGGAAUAUGUUAGCCAGACCUAUCACUACUACCUGGUAUUCCUGGCCAAUACUUUGUUGUCGGCUGUGGCUAACAUCUUUGCCGUAAAGUGGAUUCCUUUUAUUGCCCGGCUUGUGAAUUAUAUCUUCAACCUUGGAACACUUUUCACCCUGGUUGCUCUGCUGGCAAGAGCUCAUCCAAAACAAACGGCGUCGUUUGCCUUCACUGAGGUGACCAACCUCACAGGAUGGAGCUCAAAUGGAGUUGUAUUUUUUCUCAGUAUCUUACCAGGCGUUAGCGCUCUGUCUCUUUUUGAUGGUGCUUGCCAUAUGACUGAUGAGGUUCCAAAUCCAAAGAAAAAUAUUCCGAGAGUUAUUUCAUAUGGUUAUACAGGUGCGUUUCUCGUUGGACUGGUUGCAAUUUUGGUGUACAACUUUUGCAUUGUGAGUGCAGACAAUCUGCUUGACCCUGUGGGAGGAAUUCCCCUCUUCCAACUCUAUGUGGAUUCGCUUCACAAUGACGGUUUGGCCCUCACGUGUGCAUUGAUCAUCGCUAUCGGUUUCCCAAUCGGAAGUGUGCCAGUUGUAACCUCUGCAAGUCGUCUCUUAAUGUCCUUUGCAGACUUUGGAUCCAUUCCCUAUGGUGUAAAAGUCUUCGGAUCAGUGAAUCCAGGCCUGAAUUCGCCUGUGUGGGCAAUAGUAUUUGUUAGUGUUGCGGAGGCCUUGAUUGGGCUUCUUUAUUUUGCCUCCAGCGCAGCAUUGAAUGCAGUGUCCGGAAGUUUUGUUUCUGCCAUGUACCUGGGGUAUUCUAUCCCAUUUCUUGUUUUAAUUUUAAGAAAGGACAGAUUUGGCAAAGGCGUGAAGCCUUUGUUCAACCUUGGCACAUGGGGGAGGCCAAUCAACAUAAUCUGUUUCAUAUGGUUUUUCUUUGCUUCUGCUUGGACAUGUGUGCCGAUGUAUGUUCCAGUUACUGCAAGUGGUAUGAACUACACUGUUGUUGUGCUAUUUGCUACUUUUGUGAUUACUGUUACAAACUGGUACCUGUACGCAAAACAACAUUUCUCAAUUGAUGUUUUUGAGAAAAUGGAGAUUCAGGUACUAGAGAGCUAA